AUGUCCACCAGCUCCGUCCUGCGCGCCCUGCCGCGCGCCAUUGGCCGCACUGCUGGCUUCCGCGCCGUGCGCCCUUCGCCCGUCCUCCGCAGCUACGCCCCGGCUUUCUCGACCGCACGAGUGCUAAAGGCCGACAACGCUGACGGUCACGGACACGAGGAGAGCUUCGAGGAGUUCACUGCCAGAUACGAGAAGGAGUUCGAUACUGUCCAGGAUGUCUUUGAGCUGCAGCGUAACCUCAACAACGCCUUCGCAUACGAUCUCGUUCCAUCGCCAUCCGUGCUCGUUGCUGCCCUGAAGGCUGCAAGACGCGUCAACGACUACCCUACCGCUGUCCGUGUCUUUGAAGGCAUCAAGGCAAAGGUCGAGAACAAGAACCAAUACGAUCAGUACCUCGAGGAGCUGCGCCCGAUUCGCGAGGAGCUCGGCGUUGAGCUGAAGGAGGACCUGUUCCCAGAGGAGUCCAAAUAGAUGACAAAAUCCGUGUAAUCGAGGGAGUGGGCAGUGGUAAUGAUCAGUCGUAAUAGAGCUUCUUGGAAUUACUACGGGGAGGGAAGAGGAUGGGUAUAGGAUGGGGGGUGUAGGUGAGGUGGAGAUUUGGAACUAGAGCGAUUUUCUUAACUGUAUAGUUGGCGGUUGUACUAUGAACGCAUUAAACGGGUGUCCAUAUAUACGCUUCUCGUCUUGGCUCUCCUUUCUUGUGAAUCUUCUCUGUUUUUGCGUCCAAGGAGUGAUCGAGUGCAUUUUGUGAUCCAAGGCGUGUGGCUACAGCAUAGAAAGACUUAUAAACACGACUCUUCAUUUGACGGGCAGCGGACAGAGCAACAACAGUGAUUGUUAUUUUCCCCGAUACGCUCAGGACCUGCUAUGGACAGGGUGGGUACCAGUUGUCAGUCGGGAAUAGACUGUUGAGAGAGCGAAUGGCGAUAUCUACAAGCCUAUCCAGAGCGGAAACGGAUCUCUCUGGUCUAUGUGACAAUUCGUCCAUUCAUGAGGUACGCUCAGUUCAAGUUCUCAAAAAAUACUCUACAUGCGCGGGAAAAUGAUUCAGGAAGAGAUGGCAGAUUGGGCUAAGGCGGACGAAUUAAUCCUGCCAUUUCUUCAGACUUGCGCAUACCUACGUUUUUCGUGAAGUCUAAACGACGUAGCAGCAGUAACAGGAAACAACUCGAUAGCAACAGCUCUGCGGCGAUGACAUCUCUACGGCGACAGCAGAUUUGCGGGGCAAUAGCUAUGCGGUGAUAGCAGCUACAGCAUCGGUAGUGGAGGAGAAAGUUCUGCUGUUGUCUUUAACACAGAGGCCUCGAGUCUCUUCGUCCGCUCUUCAAGCAGAGACCUAAAGACGAGCCUCGAAACUCGUCUCCUGUAAUUAUUAUAUUCUUUGACUGAGCCAUGUAUUGGUGCCGACUGGUCCACUGCUAUGUUCAUUAUGCUGGGUUGCUUAGAGAUUGCCAUGUUGUUAAUGCCAGGGCUGAGCUCGAAGUAAAUUUUUGCUUUUUUUAGGGAUAGUCAAUACUUCAUCAUGCCCAAGGGCUGUAUAAUUUUAUGUCUGGAUCUACAGCAAAGCCGAUUGCUAAAUUCUCCGUAUCCAGAUAUCACUCCCACACCCCAACCAAGAUCAUCUCCAUCUCAAUCCAACCAUCUAUCCAACCAUUCACGCCCUUCCCUUAAUCUUCC